CCGCGUCCCACCACUGGCACACACACUCGGAAUAUCUACAACAGCUCCCAGCCCGCGUCCCCGACCAGCCUCCAUUUCCCAAGGUCUGCAGAUGGCAUGGCCACUCCCCUGCCACCAACCCUGAGGUCCUAAUCGACAGAGUCCUCCGGAGGCACCCUCAGCCAGCUCCCACUUGCUCCCCUCAGGUCCUUGAUUCUGUUCCUCUGACCUAUUUCUGGCUCCUGUAUGAGCGCUACCACCUCCAGGCUCCCUGUGUCCAGCCUCAUCACUCCCACAUGUGUGCCUGGCCAGGCUGCUUUGUCUGCACCCUCAGAGCACCUGCCAGAAACCUUCUCAGCUUCACGCUUCCACAGAGUCUAGGUCUUCCCAGCUAUGUGCUCCUAAUCUGCUUUGAUACUGGUCUUUUGGCAAUGAACUUAAAUCGUCAUUCUCCCAAAGCCAUCUCAAGCACCAUUUUAGAUUCACAAAUGCCAUUUCUUUCUCCUUGCUGACAUCAAAAGCCCUGUGAGAAGAGGGACCUUGUGGAAAAUGUCAUAUCCCUGGCAGUGCUUACAGAGGUGUCCUGCAGUGUCGAUUUCAUGGUUAGUUAGUAAUAGUUUAAAACACCCUGCCGUACACGGAGAAAAUAUUUCUCCUCUGUUCAAGUUUAUCAAAAAUACACAUAGCUUUCUGAAAUGGCCUUGCACUGUUUGCUAAAAAAGAAAACAAACAACAACAACAAAAAAACCAGAGCUAUUUUUGAUAACCACUGAUGCUACACAGGCACAGAUAUGUAAGUAAAGAUAUGGAACUGUAUGUAUGUAAUAUGUAACAGAUAUGUAACUGUAAAGGAAAGACUAGAUUUAUCCACUGCAGUUAAAGGUCCCGUGGGGAUAGUAAGAAAACCCAAAGUGGGGUUCAGGGCUUUGUUUUCAGACUUAGCUUCACACGCCUCCAUCAGAUGUUGACAGGUCGCUGGAGAGAGCCUCUGCCCCACCAGGAACACAUCUCGGUGUGUUCAUUCAUGGACAUGUUUAUUCAUGGACACCAGCCCCAUGAUGGACUCUGGGUGGAGGAGAUGAAGCAGACACAGCCCCAGACCCUUUGAUGCUCUGGGGGCACCGCUGGGGCAGGGGCAGCAAGGCUGGACAUACUGAGGCCAGACCUCCAAAGUUGCUGUAUGAAGGCUCUGGGGACCUUGCCAUGAAGAAAGAGGCAGGGGGACUUGCUCUGGGGAAGCGAAGGGCUGAGGCAGAGCUGCUGCCUCUGAGGUCAGGGUUAAGCUAUGCUGGGGACCAGCUGGCCUGGUGUCCCUGCACAAGCGGCAUGGGUGCACCCAACCUGAGCCCCCUACCACUGCUCUACUGCUCCCCCAGCCUGGCCCCAUCAGAAUGGAGGGGAGGCCCUGUCAGCCUGCAGCGUUCUCUGAUCAAAUCAGAGAAGCCCAAAGUAGAGAAGAGGGACCUCCAGGGCAGCCCUCACCACGCAGGUGGGGAAGUAACAGGACGAGAACACAGGUCCCGGGGCCUGGACUUUCUACAAGUUGGGAAAUCAACCUGGGCCCCCUAAUUCUACCCCAGUCAACACUUUUCUCCUCAGUUUAGCCUAUUGGCUUAUUUGCUAAUUGCUAAUGAAUUCAAAGAGAGCCAGAGAAACAGACAAAGGCUCUACAGAAGCGUCCAGAUGGAAGAGCCAUGGAGGUGGGACUUGGUAUGUUUAACUGAAAUCCUGAUCACGGGUUGGCCGCAUGCCUUGGCCCAUGAGAGAUACUCUAGCCAGAAUGCAUGAACUUGGGACUGCCAGCUCCUCCCGCUUGCCUCGGCACCUAGGGGCUGUCCAGCAAUCAGACUUCUGACCUGAGCUUCUGUCUCAGUGACUUGCUUUCCAUCCCCUGCCUGUGGGAACAAGACAGGUGCCUUCCAGGUGGGCCCACGGCUAGGUGGAUGACGUGAGGUCUGUCUGAGAAGGGCAUGGUGCUGGCUCUCUACAAGGGCUUUCCCAGGGUCACCUGCCUCUCCCUCAGCUGCCUCCUGUGCUGACACACUCAUCCCUGGACACCAGCAGUGGCCUCCCAACGCUGGCCAGGUGUUCCUCGGUCUCCCUGUUAGCUGCCCUUUAGCCCACGCACAGCGGCAAAGUCAAUCCUUCAAAGCAGAAGCCAGACUCUUGCAUCCUUGUUCAAAUCCUGCAGUGUCUGUCCAUCCCCUUCAGAGGGAAACCCAGUGUCCAUGCCAAACCCACUGACUUCUCCCCACCUGGGCCAGUCAUAUGGGCCCCUGGCUGUCCCCUGCCCAGCAGACUCUUGCCACAGUGGCUUUCCACAUGCUGCCCCUCCACUGGGAACACACGACCCUCAUUUGUUCAGCUCUCUGCUCAAUGUCCCCUCUUAGAGAGGACCCUCCCAACCCCUUGACCACAGCGCAGCUGGCCUUUUCUUUGCAGCUGUAAUCAGUACCCAACAUCACAGCACCCAUCCACUGAGUACUUAAUUCUUUCCCUCCCUAACAGCUAAGCUCUAGGACGCAAUGAUUCGUUCACUGCUUAUGUCCUCUGUACCUAGAACAGCCACUGGUGCACAGGAGUACUAAUUAGAUACCUGGGGAACAAAGAAACAAACCAGUUAUCAUUUGAAAGCACCACAUCUGGGAAGCAGCAAGACCAGGACCCUGCAGGCUGCCCCUGGUUCCAGAAGAAGGUGGGCACAUCCCAACCCCCAGCAGGCCCAGGGAGCCUGGCCUUAGCCGCCUCCAGGCUAAGCCCUGCAUCGCUGUGUCUGGCAGGGUCCCUCACAGGUGCAGGCCCAAAGCUCUGCAAGAGCGAGCACUGGGCCAAAGUGUCCUGGGGUUGCAGGGUACUAGUGUAAGGUGUAGUGGGGAACACUUCUAGGCGGAGGUGGCAGACCCUAGGGUUGCUUGUGGGAGCCCAGUGGAGCCCUCUGCCUCUCCCAGUGGCCACCCCACCCCUGCCCUGCAGAGUAAACAUUCCCAGAACGUCCCACAGGCACAAAGCCUUGCUCCAAGCUGGGCCAGGCCCCGCCCGCCAAGCUGUUUUCCUCUGAGAGCCUUCCUGAGAAUUGCUAUUUUUGGCCCGUGUGACGGUAACUGAUUGCUGGUGGAAAGGUAUAAAAGCAGCUGCCAGGCCCCGAGGUUCGCCAGACAGCUCAGGGAGGGUUCCGCUCUGGACAGUGGCACAUCGUACAGGGGCCGUAGCACAUCUUCCUCGUCGUCCCCCUCCCAGCAAUCUGACGCCGGACACAGGGCUCCAACUACUGGACCCCGAUCCCUCUGCUCUGAGCUUCCUGGGGGCUUUCUGUGGACUUCCUUGCUCAUCCAGCUCCCCUGUUACCCCCAGACCUCCUCAGCUACAGGUUGCUGCUUCCUUGUGGCCGGCAGCCAUGAGGUCCCGGCUUUUGCUUUCCGUGGCCCACCUGCCCACAAUUCGGGAGACCUUGGAGGAGAUGCUGCCCGGUGGGCCUGGAGAGGACCCCCCCGCCUCCCCUAGCCUGGAUGACUACGUGAAGUCCAUCUGUCAGCUGGCGCAGCCCACCUCAGUGCCGGAUGAGGCUGCAGCCAGGGUCCGACCCAGUAGACCCCACCAGCCAGCCCGUUCCCGUGAGAAGAGCUGCACCACUGGGUCCCUACAGGACAUCACCACCCGCUUCAGUGGCCAGCAGCCCACACUGCCCGGGGCCAGCACUGUGGACCCUCUGGACUGGCUCUUUGGGGAGUCUCAGGAAAAUCGGCCAAGUGGGAGGGACAUGCCAAGGAGGACUGGAUCCUCUGCUGACCCCUGGGCUUCAUGCAGACAGACGGACAGUGGCAAGGCCCGGGGGGCCCCCAGAGGGAGGCUGAGUGAUGUCAGGGCUCCAGGGCACUCUCUGCUGAGACUGCAGAGGGACUGGCACCAGUGCUCCCAGGCUUCUGGGCAACCUGGCCAGGAUGCAGUUUCCCCAACAAGCCCCCGUCCCAGCAGCGUCCUUAGAACUCUCUAUUUGCACCUCCCCGUGAUCCAUGAACUCUGACCCCUCCUCAAUAAAGACUUCUGCAAAUCA